GAGAAAAGCUUUAGUCUGCUCCCGACACUCGGCGCGUUCGAAGAGCCUUCGAGAUGGAUCGUACUGUGUGUCAGUGCUUGAUAUCAAUUUUGGCUCUCUGCUGCUUGACCUCCACUCACUGCCAGGGCCCACCACCCCUUCCACCGCCGCCAGGCCGAGCUUCCCCUCUCGCAAGAGCAGCGAUUCCCAUUCCUGAUGACCGCGACAUAAUCUUCCCGGAUGCUGGGUCAGGCCAGCCAAGGGAAAAGAUGUGGUUUCGCAUAGCCGACUUUCAGUUUGACCAUGUGGCGAUCUUGCCCCUGCCAAAGCCCAGGCAGCGCACCCCGCCUCCAAGGCCAGGCCAGCCCUUUCCACCGCCCCCAGGGGGCUUUAAAAAUAAUGUAAACAAGCGACGCCGCAUCUGUGAGCAGAAAUACUCCGAGUACGUAGAGCGCAUCUUUCCCAACGACACUGCGGUGGCCGCUGAUGCCAAUGACGCAGAGUUCGAUGGUCGAGUACUAGCCAGGCCCGGUGAAUACCCCCAUAUGGCAGCCGUAGGCUUCGAGGCCGACACAGGUCGAGUCGAGUACAAAUGUGGCGGCAGCCUGAUAAGCGAGAACUUCGUGCUUACCGCCGCCCAUUGUACUUAUAUAUAUAGGACGGCCCCCAAGUGGGUGCGCGUUGGAGACCUUAACCUAGUCGUCGAGGAGCGUUCAAUGGAGGCCCAACUGGUUCGGAUAAAGAAUAUAUUCACGCACCCCAAUUACAAUAAGGAGAUGUACUACGAUGACAUAGCACUGCUGAAGCUUGAAAGGGAUCUAGAACUAACGGAAUAUGUCAGACCAAUACGUUUGUGGGUCUUUCCAGAGCUACCUACGUCGAUUGCCUUUGCAAUGGGAUAUGGGGCCACGAGCUUCGCCAAGGCCAUGACGAACCAACUGACCAAUCUUAACCUGACCAUAGUACCAAACGCUGAGUGCAAUAACGAGCUACCAUCACUGGCGGAGACACCCGACGGAGUUCUGGAAAGCCAAAUCUGUGCCCAGGACUAUAUCCUUAACAGAGACACCUGUCAGGGAGAUUCGGGGGGGCCGCUGCAACUGAAUCUGCCGGGACGCCGUCGACGGCACAGAAUACACUAUCACCUAAUAGGCGUUACCUCUUACGGUGUGUUUUGCCGCAGUAGUUAUCCAUCAGUGUACACCCGAGUUUCUUCCUACCUAGACUGGAUUGAACUUACUGUGUGGACUUGACAUGUCAGUGCGUGUUACACAGUAAUACCUAAUCCAACAUCCAACUGAACUAUUGAAAUUUUGGUCCGAUGUAAAACACCUAGUUCCAAAAAACCCUGUUUACCAUUUGAUAAUAUUUGACGAUAGACAAACCAAAAAGGAAGCUAGAAUGUUUAACUGGCUCCUCCGCUAAGUAUCUUGAAUAAACUUUUCCAGAUAAGUCCUCCCAUCUUAAAAUGAAAUGGUCUAAGCCAUCACCAUGUAGAUAUGGGAAUUCUUUCUAGCCCCCGCAACAUACAAUGUAAAACAAAGA